AUGUCAAAAUCAACUUGGUUAUAUGCUUCGCACACGUUGCUUUUUGUGAUGGAGGUAACUUUAUACCUUUUUCGAAAGAAUAUUCCAAUGAGCUAAUUUCAGGUUGUCCUUCUUGUGGUUGGGGUUAUGAUGUUCAUGGAUCCCAUUUUUAAAUUAAUCCCGAUUCCGCGCUACAAUCCAUACAUCGUUUCUUACUUUACCGUCAACUUGAUCCAGGUGAAUAUUUUGGAAAAUUUCAAGAUGAUUUCAUUUCAAAAUUUCACUGCUUUCAAAUUUUAGACGGUCUCAAGAUCUUCCAAGACCUCUUUAUACAUAAUUCUUUAUAAAUCUCCGUUAAAAAAAUUUAAAUUUCCAGGCUAUUCUCUGUAUCUGCGUUGUCAUCGGACUUUAUCGAUCAUAUAUCAACAUUGUAACUUACUCUCACUAUGUUAUCUGUUUCACAAUUCUCAUUGAUGCCAUUAUGAUGUUUAUAUUUUCCGCGAUUAUGUCAAAUGCUCACCUUCGAAUGCAGGAACACAUAAUUGAGAUCUACACAGAUCCCGUGAGUUUUCUAAUUUAAACAUUUCUGACUUCAACUCAUCACUAUCAUUUUUAGAAUAUCUUUCAUUGUUCAAUCUGGGAUGAUGUUUAUGAAAAACUUCAUUGUUGUCCGCCAGCACAAGUGAUCAGAAUCUGUCAAGAUGCUUUCAAUAUCACUCGAACUGAUUGCCCAAUUGAUCAUUCAAAUGAUUGCAGUGUUCACCUUAGAAAGUGAGUGAUUGUUUCUAGAACGAAUCUACAUAUUGUUCAUUUUCAAAAUUUCUAGAUGGCUUCACAGCAACACUGAAUGGUUGGGAAUCUGCGCUUUCUGUGUGAUUGUUCCACUGAAAUUGUUCAUGUGCUGCGCGCUUCGCAAAGACAUUGAAGAAGUUGAAGCGGAAAUUGAGGAACAGGCUUAUUUUGGACAGAUGAUCACAGAAUAGUGAGUUUUGUUUUUAUUCAAAUAAAACCACAGAUGUUAUGAUUGAAAAAAUGUUAAUAGGAAUCCACAGAUGUUCAUAAAAGUACAUGCAGGUGUUGGAAAAACAAAACCGUUUUGAAAACAUCUAUUUUAACCACGUGUUUAAUAGUAACAGGCCAGCUGAAGAAGAAUAAUAUCGAAUCUUAAGAAAGGGGAUCCUUUUCAAAAUCUUGUUAAAUGAACCUACGGCCAUGUUACCAAUAUUUUUUUCAGCAAUCGUCACGGCGAUGGCUAUAUUGACAGCUACAAAAGUGAAAACAAUCUCACUCGAAUUGUCAAAGAGGUCAAACAAAUCAACGCGGCUCGAGAGACGCGAAAUGCUCGAACAAGCUCACAAUAUUCGCCAUUUUUGAAACAGGAAGUCAUUGAAGAAGUUGAAAAUGAGUUCACUGUUCGAGGCGAUGAGUUACGUGAGCAACUUCAGCAUGCAAUGGCUGCUCAUAGCCUUUCAGAACACUAA